AUGUUGCGCGUAUUCCUGAUGGAUGGAAGGCAGCUCGCCUCCGUACCCCUGGAGGAGGUUUUCGAUCAAGCUUUCGCUGUGCGAACCUUGAAGAGAAGGCUUCAAAGCGUAUGCGGUGUGCCAAGAUUUAGACAACGGCUCCUUUAUGGGCAAGACAUCUUGGAGGAUUGCGCCGGCUUGUCGGAACCCCUUGACCUGCAUCUCAUUCUGCUGCCCUUCUGUGCUGUCCCGCUCGGAGAGGUGGAGCAGAUUGUGACCGCGGCCAGAAGCGGCCAGGUUUCCGAAUUGGAGUCAUUGUUGCAGCAGCCUCGACAUCCCGAUCCGGAACUCCUCGAUGCCCGAGGGUGCAGGCGUAGUAGUGCGCUGGCUGUGGCAUCCUCCCAGGGCCAUGUGGAGAUCGUGAGCCUCCUCCUAGAGGCUGGUGCAGACAAGCACCGCGACUUUGGGACUGCGAGUCUGACUGCGAUUGGGGAAGCCUCGAGACACGGCCACGCCGGCGUCGUGCGACUGCUCCUGGAGAGCGGAAUGGAAACAUGGCAAAAUCGAGACGGUGAGCUUCACAUGGCUUUGAGCCUCGCAACGAUGAAUGGCCAUGUGGUCACUUUUUGCCUGCUGUUAGAUGCUCGUGCCAACAUCCACAUGAGAACGCAGCACACCCCAGAGAAGGGCCUACUUGGCGAGGCGUGUACCCAGGGGCACUACCACAUUGUACGGCUUCUGCUUGCAGAAGGUGCCGACAAGAACGAAGCUUUCGGCACCUACGGUGGCACACCCCUCGGAGCAGCCUCGGUGAACGGACACAGCGACGUUGUCCGUGCAUUAACGGAGGCGCGCGCUGACUGCGACCGGACUUGUGGACUCAGUCCCGACAGUCGCAGCCGCGACUGGACUCCUCUGGGUGCUGCCAUCCGCCUCGGAAGUUUGAGGACGACACAUAUCCUGUUGAAAGCCCGUGCCGAUGUGAACAAGCCCUUCGGAGUCUAUGGUGAAACGCCUCUUGGUACGGCUUCCGUCUACGGUCAUGCACAGCUCGUGCGCCUGCUGCUCGAGGCGGGCGCCAACAAAGACGAUGAGUUUGGAUUCUGUGCCAACACGCCGCUCGGAACUGCGUCCACAUCUGGUGAUGUGGAGAUCGUUUCCAUCCUGUUGCAGGCACGAGCCGACGUUGACAGAAAGUUUGGGGGUCGCGAAAGUCCCAUGCUCUUAGGCAGUCACCUCGGCGACGGUGUUUGGCAGAUGAGUGAAUGUGACCGUGCCAGCGGCGAGCUGAACGAGCAGAUCAAACAGCGGCUGGUCGGUUGGACACCGCUUGGUGCGGCAGUUCGUGCCGGCCACAGUGACGUGGUGACCCUGCUUUUGCAGAGCAGAGCAGAUCAAGAUCAGACUUUUGGGAUGUACGGCGACACCCACAACACACCCUUGGGCGCAGCCAUCGCCCAUGGCCAAAAGCAGUGUGAGCACUUGCUUUUGCAGGCCGGUGCUGACAAGAACAGGACGCUUGCCCUCUAUGCGCCUCGACAUGGUUUCCAGAACUUGGAAUUGUUGCGUUCGGGGCUCCAAGCUGACUUUCCCUUCGACCCAAGAGCAAAGGGCCCUCUCCUGCAUCUCGUCCGCAGCAUCUGGGGAUGUUGCUUGCGGGAGUGUUCGUGA